AUGAAAUAAAGACCUUUAUUUCUGAAUGUUGAUUUAUCACCUUAACCAAAUAAAACAAUAAAUAAAUCACCAAUCUAGAGAGCAAAAACCCCAAUAAAAGAAACUUAGAAAUCAUAAACUAGAUUUCAUUCUCCUAUUGACACUCAGCCCACCCGUUAAACUUCAACAAUCAUCACUGUAUAUAUACAACGUAAUAUUUUGGCAAUAGGAACUUAUUUCAAAGAGAAGUGGAGCAACAGGCAGAUCUUAAACCUAGACAAAUGCUGAAUAAGAAAUUCCAAUUAAAUAAACUUCUGAUUUCUAGACCAUCUACUAACGUAGUUUAAAAGCUAACUAUAUUCCUAAAAUAACUCAUAUCAAUGCUUAAACACCUCCAAAAUAAUAAAGCGUUCCAAACCCAGCCACUCCUAUUUAUCAUUAAUUCGUUUCAUAGAAUGUAGAUAAGAAUUUACCUAUUCAAACUAAUAUUGUUAAUAAAUAGAAAGAAAAAGUUUAAAUCUAUAUUAGAAUCAAGCCAAAUUUAACUAAUGAAAAGUCUGUUGUUAAAAAAUUAUCUAAUUAACAUUUGGCUGUACACACUUUUGAAGAUACAAAUAGAUAAUUUGAAUUCGAUACUAUCUUAGAUAAUUCAUCCUAAGAAGAGGUUUAUAACUUAACUACUAAAUAAAUAGUAUCUGAUUGUAUUGCUGGAAAGGCAAAUGGAGUUGUUAUUGUUUAUGGAUAAACAGGAUCUGGUAAAACUCAUACUAUGGGGCUUCUUGAAUAAUCGAAAGGUGUAAUAUAAUUGGCUAUGUCUGAUAUAUUUAAGCAAAUUAAAGAAUAAAAUGAAAAUGGAAUCAGUUUUAAAAUCGAAAUGAGUUUUAUAUAGAUAUACAUGGAUAAAAUUUAUGAUUUACUAAACAAUAAUGGGUAGUCAUUGUAAAUUAGAGAAUCCAAAGAUUCCAUACCAUAUAUUUAAGGGGCUGUCUAAAUAUCUAUUGAGGAUUAAAAUGAUGGAAUUUAAUUAGUCUCUUUUGGAAUCAAAAAUAGAGUUGUGGCAUCUCAAGUUAUGAAUCUUAAUUCAUCAAGAUCUCACACUAUUUUAACUAUAUAUCUUAAAAAAUAAGUUUAAGAUAAACUUAUUUGUUCUAAAGUUGCUUUUAUUGAUUUAGCUGGAAGUGAAAGAAAUAAAAAGUCAUUGUCUAAAGGUUUAAGACUUGAUGAAGCAACCUAUAUUAAUGAAUCAUUAUCUGCUUUAGGAAAUGUUAUUGCAGCCUUGGGAUAACCAAAUCAAUAGCAUGUUCCAUAUAGAGAAUCAAAAUUAACGAGAACUUUAUAAGGCUAUUUAACUGGAGAAUCUUAAAUCUCCCUCAUAUGUACAAUUACAAAAUUAGCUGAAAGUACUAAUGAAACUCUUUAAACUCUUAUGUUUGCCUAACGGUGUAAGGAUGUUGUUUUAAGACCAUAAAAAAUUAUUCCUAUCUAAGAUGAAGAAACUUUAGAUAAUGGAGAUUUAUUAAAAUAGAUAGCCGAACUUAAAGAAACUAUCAAAGAUUUGUAAGAUUAACAAAAAAAGCAAUAAUCAUAGUAGAAUUAAUUAACAAAAUAAUAAGAUAAAGAUUUUUUAAAAUUUCUAAUUAAUAUCAUUCUUAAAUUAAAGUAAUACACAUUUAGCAACUUAUCAAGUUGUUAGCUUUAAGAAAAAUAGGCAUUGGCUGAAAAAUUCUUACAAGAUAGUACUUAUUACUAAACUAUUUAAUUUCCAAAAGAAAUUUAAGUGAUGAUGAUGGAGCCAAUUUAAUCUUAAGAUAUUGAUUAAUAAAAAAUUGAAUAAUGUCUUGAUGGCAAUAAAGAAUAAAUUAAAGAACUUGCAAAGAGUUUUACCUAAGAUAUUCAUUACCUAGUCUAAGCAUUCAAAUAAUACUCUGAUAUGCGUUAUAAUUAUAUUAUUGAGAAAAUACUUGAAUAAUAUCGAUUAAAAGAAAUCUAAGUUUGGGCUAAAGGUUUGGCAUAUUUAUUGAUAACAAUUAAAUAACUCUUAAAUUAACUAUAUGAGAUUAAAUAAUUUGAUAUUGCCUCUGAUAUUUAUUUGGAAGGAAUCAAACAAUAAUUAUAUCAUCUAAUUAAUGAUAAAGGAACUAUGUAUAAAUCACCUUAAAAAAUUUGUGAUCUUAUAGAAAAAUUUUAUAGUUCCGAAACAGAUUUCAGUUUUAAUUAAAUGAAAAAAUUUUCCAAUAGUCUAAAUAUCCCUUCUUAAACUAUGUCUGAUAAAUAUAAAUAAAAGAUAGAAAAAUUGAUUGGCACUUAUGGCCAAGGAAUAAAAGUUACAAAACCAACUGAACCUCCUCCUAUUUAUCAUUCUCCUUCUGUUAAUGUUUCCACAUUAAUACAAAGUAAGAAGUUUUAAUAAAAUCCAUUUAAUGACAUAUCUUCCUUAACUGAAUAAUAGGCAGCUUCAUCUGUUGAGGAAUCAAAUUUAAGAGAAGAAGUACAUGUGAUACCUAAUAACGAAAGCUUACUUUAAGGCAAAUUAAGAUUCAAAGAAGAUGAAUUGCUAAUAUAUUCCAGAAAUCAAAUGGCAGCGCAAAUGGCAGCAAGAAAAAAAUAGUUAAAAUGA